AUGUUCUUGAGUCACCAGCAGAGUGGCCUUGCAAAGCAUGCAAAUCACUGGUGCCCGACCGACCUACCUAGCAACUUUGCUGAUGUGGCACGGGUAUGCAUCCGACUCGGGAUCCCAUAUCUUUGGAUCGACUCACUUUGCAUCAUCCAAGACUCGGCCGAUGAUUGGAAGCGGGAGGCUAUCAAGAUGCACCUCGUGUAUCGCCACGCCGUGGUAACAAUCGUCGCAACUUCAGCCACGUCAACGCAUGAUGGAUUCCUUGAACGCGACUUCAAAAAGACUCUGGCAGCAAAAGUUCACUACUCUCUUGAGCAUGACCAAGAAAGUCUACCAUCUGGGUAUGGCCGAGACAAGUACAUGGUCAUCUCCUGUCGCGAAAACUAUCAAGAUUCGUACCCGACAUACGCAAUCAACGAAUCCAAGUGGAACACCAGGGCCUGGACAAUGCAGGAGAGAAGCCUCUCAACGAGGCUGAUACACUUUUGCCGCAACAAGAUCUUCUUUGAAUGCCGCUCCUGCAUCAAGUCGGAAGAGAACGAACCAGUUGCCCACUACGCCCUGAUGACCAGAAUACUCUGGCCCCGAGAUCCCUCGACAUCUUUGGAUACACUUUAUGGGUUUUGGCAGUGGUGUCUAACGCAGUAUUGUCCACGAAACCUAACCAAAGGCAAGGACAAGCUCAUCGCGAUCCAGAGCGUGGCAGAGGAGAUGAUGAGUACCACUAAGAACUCUUCUUUCCUUUCGGAGAAGCCAAGAGGCACGAUGCCUCUCGUGCACCGAGCUGGUCAUGGAGUGCGCUGGACGGACACGUCUCGUUCAAUCCUCGAAUCCUGCCAAAGGGGAAGCGAAGCGUACCAGAGCCUCGAGGUCACGGCCUGGGUGCGGCCUAUCUCAACAGUUGCCAAAGCCAAGACUGUUAAUGAUGUCGAAAAGUUUUUCCCGUUUAAACUUGUAGCUGGAGCUAGUUAUGGAAGAGGAGAAGACGAGCAUGUUUUUGCCCACGGGAGGUUGGAUAUAGAUGAACCCGGAGAGAACGUCAGGCUGCUCUAUCUGCAAAUGGGCAUUGUGGGAGUUGCCAUUGUCGUUGAUGAUGAACAGGGGUUUAUUCGCUCAGAGGGUCUGUUUGGGAACGGGGCAGUGCGAUCCAAGAUCAUCAUGGUACAAGCCUUAGGCUCAAGUAAUAAGGCCGCAAUUCCAAUGAAAAAUGGCUUGCUCACAUGCGGCGAGACGGUUGAUGAGGUGGGUUUCAUGUUUGAACUGCUAGAGCGGUCAUGCGAGAUUCAACUCUAUGUCGAGGCCGUGGAGGCCAACGGCAUCCCCUAG